CUAUUGGACAGCCAAGAAAAUGCAUCAUUUUACCUAGGGAAGGGAUGAUUGGGGGUUGUGAAAAAGCUUACAGCGAAUGGUACCGUACACUUCACAGAGCGACUUAGUAUUCGUAGCAAUCUUAAAUACAAGACAUUACGCUCUGGAACAAAAUCACGGAACUUUGUUUCAGUAGCCUACAUAAGUAAGAGCUGUAUUGACUAAUUUAAUUUUAGUGUUUUUGUAAGAACAGGGAGAGUAGCCUACUUUGCAUCCUAUUCAGUAGGCUUUUUUUUUUUUAAUAACCCAAUAAUGAACCAGUAACAAAAUGUCUAUUGAGGAACCGUUGUUUUUUAAUUCAAUUGUAGAUUUGUUUUCCCAAAAUACUUCGCGGACUAACAGCAACCACACUUCUGCUGCUGAUAUGGAACACUCCUUGCUGUAUCCGUGUGGGAUUGCAAUCGCUAUCGUUUAUGGGAUCAUUAUAAUUGUUGGACUCAUAGGCAACAUAACGCUCAUCAAGACAUUUUACACAAUGAAAUCCAUGAGAACAGUCCCUAACCUGUUCAUAUCUAGCCUUGCAUUGGGAGACAUACUCCUUCUCGUUACUUGCGCACCAGUGGAUGCCAGCAGGUACCUGACUGACGAGUGGCUCUUUGGCAGAGUGGGCUGCAAACUAAUUCCGUUCAUCCAGCUCACGUCGGUUGGUGUGUCUGUUUUCACACUGACGGCACUUUCCGCGGACAGGUACAAAGCAGUGGUCCAACCCAUGGACAUACAGGUGCCAAACGCCACGGUGAGAAUCUGCACCAGAGCAGUGGCCAUCUGGAUGUUCUCCAUGACCCUGGCCAUUCCUGAGGCUGUCUUCUCUGACCUGCAUGCCUUCAGCAUUGCAGAAACCAAUGAGACCUUUGUGACAUGCGCUCCCUACCCAAGCGCGGGCGACCUGCACCCCAAGAUCCACUCCACGGCCUCCUUCCUCAUAUUCUACAUCAUCCCCCUCUUCAUCAUUUCCGUCUAUUAUUUCUUCAUUGCACGCAGUCUGAUUAGGAGUGGCUACAACAUGCCAGCAGAGGGCAACGUUUACAUCAGAAGGCAGAUGGAGUCCAGGAAGAGGCUGGCGCGGAUGGUGCUGGUGUUCGUGGCCCUUUUUGCUGUGUGCUGGCUCCCCAACCACGUGGUCUACCUGUACCGCUCCUACCACUACUCAGAGGUGGACACCUCCCUGCUCCACUUCAUCUCCAGUGUGUGUGGCCGUGUCCUGGCUUUUGCCAACUCCUGCAUCAACCCCUUUGCCCUUUACCUGCUCAGCAAGAGCUUCCAGAAGCAGUUCAACAGGCAGCUGUGCUGCUGCCGCCCCCCACUCAUCAUUCGCUCCCAGAGCAGGGGGCGGAGCACCACCAGGGUGACCUCACUGAAGAGCACCAAUCACUCGAUACCCAACUUCAACAUCAUCAAUGGCCACCACCUCUGUCAGCAAGGAUACAUGUAGGAGGGAAGUCUCAUCCGCUGCAGUUGCUGAGCACUUUUGUUUUUUUUCAGUCAACACUGUAACCCAACAUAACAUAACAUAACAUGAUAUGACAUGAGAUAAAUUAUGAAAACAGAUUAUUCAGCCCAACGCUUGGCAUUUUCCUGCCUCUAAAGGGUGCUUACAUUUUACCCACAAACUAGGUAGCAUUCAGGACUGUAUCAAGCCUGGGCUUGAAAAACCCCUGAGUUUCUGCCUCUGCUGGUUGACCUGGCAAGCUGUUCCACACAGUGACUACUGUCUGUGUGAAGAAAGACUUCCUGAUGUCUGUGCAGAAUUGACCUUUUGCUCAUUUUCGUUUAUGCCCCAUCGUUCUACUGACAGAACUCAACCUGGAGAAUCGCUUGUAGUUCACCUUGUUAAUCCCUUGAUAAACAACAGAUCAACAGACUCAGUACUAUUGCAUUUGCUGUCCUAAAGUACACAUACAUGUACUAUAUGUUUAUAUCUAUAUAUACUGUACAUACAUACACACACACACACACACACACACAUGCACCAUCAGCAUAGUUGGAUAGGGAUUUUAGGCUUAGAUUAGUGAUAGUGAUGCUACCUACAGAUCAGCAUCAUAACUAAGGACUGUAACUAUGGCCAGUGAGCAAUGCAUAAAAAUGAACUCAUGAGUACCAACAGAAAAGAACAUUGUUUACUUUGCUAUUCUUUGUUAGGACUUUGCAAUUGUUUUUAACAUAGCCUUACUUUAAGUACAAUUACCUGGAAAAUACAGCACAAAUCUACUUGUAAAAGUCCAGACUGAUUUUUCUCCACCAGACAUUUGAAGGACUUCAUUGGAAAAGCCAUGUUCUGAUUCUUUAAAUAAUGACUUCAGCAAGAAGCAAUUUUCAGAACAGUUAUUGCCGAGUACUUACAGUGUCCUCUUUUAUUUAUUUUAAACCACUGCAUAUGAUUUUCUGUGAGGGUUACCUCUACGUUCUGUUUUUUUGCUUACAUGCUGUAUGUAUGCAUACCCACUCAGUUCUUUAAAUAUGACUACAUUUGAGAGGGAAAAGAGGGAUAGCCAUUUGAGGACUAUAUGAGACCUGUUCAGCGUUAUUUCAGCUCUAAAAGAGUGCAUACAGGUCCAGUAGGGACAAUAUGUACUCUUAUAUAUUCAUUUAACACAGAACAUUUUACUGUAAAUAAUUUGUGAAUGUAUUAAUUUACUGUGAAUGUACUUAAGAACAUGUAGGUGCCUGCUAAGGUAUGAGCCAGGAGUCUGUGUCUGACCACAGAUC